AGACAACAAAAGCUCACUAAAUCAACCACAACACAUCGGACAAUGAUACGUGGGGUCUGGAAUCAGGUAUCAUCGACAAUUGGUAUGGGCUCUCCAUUGUCUAAUACCGGAGAAGCAGUUCUCAACUCUGCAACUCCUAACAAGAUCCUCAGCCAAGAAUACGAAGUCCGCUGCACCUCCCAAACAUUCACUGAUACCGACACGGACACCGAUACCGAUGGACCUCCAAGUUCCCCUUUUGUAGCGAAUGUUCCAGACGCCACAGAGAACUCGGAAAACACAUCACCGGGCAAGGUUUCCCGACUCGCAACCAAAAGUCCCGUCGAACGCGACCUGAUAUCGCCAUUGAAGAUGCUGAAGAGUCGCACGACACCGUCGCCGAAGGCGCAAUCACCGCAUAAAACGCUUGAGACGAUUAGAAGCCCGCGAAAAUUGUCUUCUCCAGAGAAGAGAUUUCCAGUCAAGCCUUCUUCGCCAGAGAAGCGCCCUGUCGAAAAGACUUUAGACAUUCAAGAUGUAAUUCGAGAGAAUGAAGGCCUCACGAAGGCGAUAGAGAUUCUGGAGGACGGCGACAGCGAUACCAAUGAAGACCAUCCUGCAGACGAUACAUUGACCAGUUUGAAGGGUCCUGGAUGUGAUGAGCCCAAUUUUGACGAUACCAUGGUCAGCACAUACAGUACAUUUUCUGCCGUGCCAGAUAUGACAAUGUUCGCAAAGAUUGGACACAGCCCUACAAAGUAUCCUGGAAUGGGUCCUACACCAAGGCGUAGUCAGAUGAACACACCAGCAACAGCUCGACGGCCAAUGAAUAAUCGCUCUCCAUCUCCCACUCCUCGAGGUCACAAACGCGGCCAGAGCAAGGACGAAGGAAACACUACAAAUUUGAUUUUAGACUUCACCGAGCAAUUCAAUGGCUUUACUGGGCGCAGUAAUCAAUCUCCUGUCAGACAGGCUCGACAAUCUCCCACAAAAGGCUCGACAACGACCGAUAAGUCAUGGGCAACGACACCUUCGGUAAAUCGACAUACAAUGUCAAACCUCCUUGAUUUCGACAUUCCUCCUGCGCCGACCCCAAGAAGCAUGCCUUCAAUUACACCGCGAGAACUUGAGACUUUGAAAUCCAACUUCCUGUCCGAGAUCAGUAGCUUAAAGGCUUCCUUGAGUGGAAAAGAAGCUGAGGUUCAGUCUCUCAAGACAGCUGUGGGUGAUGCUGAGAAGCGUGUAGGUGAAAGCUUGGAGCAAGUUCGAGAGGAGCGGAAUCUCAAGGAGCAGCUAGCUGCUGAUAAGGAGGAAUGGGAGAAGAGAGGUCGCGAGAUGGAGGCAGUUUUGAGAAAUGUUAAGGAGGAGAUCGUCCAUGGAGAACGGGAGAGAGAUGAACUCGAGGGUCGAUUGGAAGAGAGUGAGCGGAGGAGAGAGGCUGCUGAGAUAAUGGCCCAGGAGGCUGAAAGCAAGAUGGCAGCCAUGAAAGCAGGCAAGGUUGGCCCAACUGCAGAGACCAACGGAGCCAAAUCAGAUGAAUGCCAUUGCGGAGGCCGAGCUGUCGAGCUUGCAGUUGAGAAAGUCUCGAGGGAACUUCACUCAUUGUACAAAGACAAGCAUGAGACCAAGGUCGCUGCCCUAAAGAAGAGCUACGAGAAGAGAUGGGACAAGAAGGUCAAGGAAUUAGAAACCCAGGUCGAGGAUCUCACCAAGGAAAACGAAGAGCUCAAGCUCGGACGGGACACAACCAUGACCAAAGUUGACCCUAAGAAUCCUCUCGAAGUCACAGAUAGUCUGGAGAAGCAAGUUACCAGAGAUGCGAAAACAAAGGAGCUGCAAGCUGAGUUGGAAGGCUUGACACAAGAGGUGAAGAGUUUAAAACAUGAUAACUCGGAACUUCGAAAACUUUUGGCUGAAGAGAGGGUCGAGAAGGGCAAAUUGGUUGCGGCAGUCGACGAGAUGAUUCCAUUGGUUGCAGCUUUCGAUGACAUGCUGGCAAACAUGGACAAUGUCCCGGCCAAUCUGCCAUCGAGUGAGCCCCAGCAACAGAGACAACCGUGUACAGUCGAAAAUCUCCGGGGAAGCAUCUCACGGGCUUCGGGAUUACGAGCCCCUUCGAGUAUUUCCAGUACUGUUCCAGCAGAGAGCCGUAUUGGUAGGGGAGGUUUUGGUGCGCCUGCAGGAAGCAGCCAUGAGAGGAGCAGGAGUGGUAGUGCUCAGGGUGGAAGACCAGGAAGCGGGUUGGGAUAUAGAAGCGGCAUCAUGAGCUCGAUCGAGAAGAUGGGCAACUACAAGGGACGAGGAGAAUGAGAAGUUUCGGGUCGGUGUUAUUAUUACGAUUACUGGGAGGUUCCUUUGGUGUUGAUGUUUGAGUUCAAUUCGGAAGGCGUCUUUUGGUUUGACGCUUGCCUUCGUGUGCCCCUAAGGCCCUUAUUGUGUGGAUAAAUUUUUGACUCCAAUAAUAGUCUUGGUCCACAAAUUGAUGGAGACAGCCAAGGAACAACCCCAUUGAACAUCAAUUUCUGGUCGGCCAGUUAUCCCUGAG